UUAUAGACGUUGUUACCUCCAACUGCUCCGGCAUCUAACUUUGCAGCAUCCCCGAUCUCCAAUCCCAGCCAAGCCAACGCUAGCAGACGCCGCAAAGUGCGCAGACCGCUACGAUGUCGUCCCUCCGAUAUUUCAACUACUCCCCUUUCGCUGGCGUUCUCUCCGACCAGUCACACUACAGCCAAGCAGUCCGCAUAGCCGACCGCAUCGAGUGCUCCGGACAAGGAGGCUGGGAUCCCGAGACAGGCGCGAUCCCUCCCUCCCUCGCCGCCGAGAUCGAGCAAGCGUUCGCCAACGUCGACGCCUGCCUGCGCAGCGCGGGCGGCAAGGGCUGGAGUCAGGUGUACCGGAUCAACCUGUACACGACCGAGCUCAGCGAGGAGCUUUUUGCCGCGUGGGCCGCGGCCAUGAAGAAGUGGGCCGGGGAGCAGCAUCGGCCGCUCCUGACCGGGGUGGCGGUGGCGGGUCUCGCGCUGCCGGGAAUGCGGGUCGAGAUCGAGGUUGUUGCGCAUGCCCCUGAGAGCGCUGAGGCGUGAAUGAGGUUUGGGGGAGGUAGUUAGAGUGAAGCGGCGAUUGGCAAGGGGUGGAGUAUACUACUACAUACGAAUCGGAUGAUGCGGUU